UUACUCGAAUGUCUGAACGUGCCUGGUUACCGCACUUAUAUCGUUAUUCAACACUGAGAAAAAACUAAAACUGGCUGCAGAAAAUUGUAAUCACAGGACAUAACUUUACUCGUUUCAAUGGAUACGAACGCUAGCAGCAAUAGCAGCAGCAGCAACAGCAACGAUGAGCAGCCCAGCAAGACGCCAGCCGAGACAGAAGCAAAUGCAAAUGCAGGUUCUGUCCCCAUGGAUACCCUCGAGGCCCCGGCCAGCGCCACGAUCAGCUGCAGCUCCAAGACUUUAAAGCGCUGCGUCAGCGUGCCCAUCAUACGCACAUUGCCGGGCAAGCCGACGCCCAUGACGACACGCGCCGCCGCAGCAGCUGCCGCGGCUGCCAAGGAACAGACACCAAAGAAGAGGGAUCAGCAGUCACAGUCGCAGCCACAGCAGCGCUCCGACAGCAACAUUUGCUCCACUUUCAGCCUGAGCACCGGCGCAGGCAUCGAUUGCUUUGGCAAGAGCAUACACAUACGCUCACAGCCUAACUCCCGGGAAGUGUCGCCGGCGCCGGUGUUCAAUCCAUUCACACCACGUGCACGUCGCUACUCGGCCAGCUACAGUCCAGCGCUUAACGGCGCCGGGGGGAGCUUGGGCACAGCGCUUUGUCUGACGCCUCGCGUCUCGCAGCUGCGACAGGAGGAAUGCGCCGAUCUGAAUAGCCGCGAGGUAAACCAUGAGCGGGAGGUGCAUCGCGAAAUUCAAAUCUCACAGAGCUGGGAGGAUCUCACCCUGGUGACUGAGAACUGGUCCUGCAAAUCGGAUGAACUCUCGAAUCCGCUGCAGACGCUGCCAACCGGCAGCAGCAAUAGCACCAGCUGCUCCAGUCCCAGUCCCACCAGCAAUCGGGCCGGCAUGCGUUUGCCCUACUCGCCUUCGCCGACACGUCGCACCUUCGCCACGCGGCGUUCCAUGUCGCCCAUUCCGAUGCGACCAUCGUCUCUGGCGCCCGUCAAACGUAAAUUCGAGCUGGACGACAACAAUCCCAGCGUCAGCAACUGGAGCGUCUACUCCCCGCCGCCGCCAAAGAAAAUCUUCACCGAUAGCCGCGGCUCAUCACCUGUGUGCCAAUCGCCCUCGUCUGUGUGCCCCAGUCCCGACUCGGGCACCUAUGACGGACGCAUUACUCCCAAGCUGUUCAUAUCGAAGCUGUGCACAAACAACAAUGCCGCCGGCAACAACAACAACAGCAGCAGCAGCGGCUGCCCUUCUCCCGUGUCCGCCUCGCCCAGCAACGUUCUGCCUGUGAAUGGACUGGAUGGCAUCUGCCUGGCGGGCGGCAGUCAGAGCCAGAGCAUCGACGAGGGCAUUUCCAUACCGGAAAGUGAGACGAACACCUGCCGCAGUCGCACCUCGUCCAUCUUGUCGACGGCCUCGUCGAGCAGUGCGCUAGGCGGUCCCCAGCUGCUGGUCAACGACAUGGUGGACGAUGCCACGCUCAUGGAUGAUGCCAAGAGCGAGACGUCAUCGAUUGGUGGCUGCUCGACCAUCAGCAUUGAAUCAUCCUCGUGCGACAGUGGAGCCAAAACGGGGGCUACCUUUCUGAAUCGCCUCGUUGUCGACGAUGGCUGCUCGCCGGUUGCCCAGAAGAGUUUCUACAUCAACAAGCAGGGCUUCUCAGGGGCCAAGAAGUUCAUAGUUAACCACGAGAAGCUGGGCACGUCUCUGUCAUUGGACAGCAACAAGGCCACCAAAAUGGAUGUACAGCAAAAGCUUUAAGCGAUCCAAUCACAUCGCACUGUACCAUAGAUAACCUGCAGCCGUUUAUACCCUGUCUAAUUUGUAUAUGCCGCUGCCAGCACCUAGUUAUAGACGUAGUUCUUAUGAUGGCACCAAUCGAGCGUUAUUUUAACCCAGCACCCACCCAAUGUCCCGAGCUUUUCUCAGUUCGCGUCUUAGCCUUAAGUAAUGUACAUAAUUAAGUUGUUUAAUGCCAGAUCCUUCGUAAAUAUUUGCAUAUCAAAUCAUCGCCUAUAUCCUCUAUAUCUCCAUAUACUGUUAGCAACAUUUUUGUUUUUAAUAUGUUUAUGGCGCACUCCGAUUCACCUGAUCCCUAUCCCCCCAGCGCCAUCCCAUGUGUCGCAUUCAUUUCCAAUGCCGUUUCGAUACAUGAUAC